AUGGCCUCGUCGCUGUCUGCCAACGCAUCCCGCGAUGAGAUUGAGGAAGAGCUGGUGUUUCAAGAAGUUCUGAUGGGCAGCCUUGACGCAGGAGCCGACGACUACGCAGAGAGACUUGCUGAGCUCGAGAACAAGAAGGCGGAACUGGAGCAGCGUCUGGAGGCCUCUCAGAGUGGCUCGCAAGCAACAUCGUCACAGCCUGGCCAGAGCCAGACACCCACGCAAAGCAUGAGCGGGUGGCAGCCGAUACAGAAUGGCGGUCCCAGCAACUACAACGGGUACCAAGCCAGCCCUUCGUAUGGUGACCCAUACCAACAGCACAGCUCCGGUGGCCUGAAGCGGUCGUUCCCACAGUCGCUGCAGAAUGACUCCUACCAUCCUUCCAACAAGCGAGCGACGCCCGAGCCCUCGAAUGCGGGAACUCCAACAUCCUCCUCGACAGAAUCGUUUGAGAUGGUUGAGCAUCCAGGCAAUAGCACCGGAGACCACGCCGAGCGCGCGCGGCGGAGACAGUUGGAAGCGGAGGCAGCGUUGCAGGCGAGACGUGAGCGGGAAGCUGCUGAUGAGGAAAUGGCGCGCUCCAUGCAACAGCCUCGCACGCAAUCUUCCUCCUUCUCGAGACCAGGUGUACAGACCACACUCAACUACGGUGGCUCGUAUCACCGUCCACCACAGCGCCCCCAGCAAACACCAGAUGUGAAGAUGUCACCAGGCUCUUUCACACAGCGCAAGCUCGCACCCCAAUCGCCGUCGCCGUACAUCAAGCCCGAAGCGGGUUCGUCGCGGCAGCAUCAGCAAGUUCCGCACCGUCCUGGCCGCAUGGACGUCAUCGACCUCACUAACAGUGACGACGACGACGAUGUCACCGAGAUCUCACGUAGUGCUGUCACGCCGAACAGCCGCCCACUUGGAGUCCAGGGUGUUCCCACUCGACCGCAUGGCAUGCCACAAAGCCAGUUUGGUCUGCGAACCGCGGGCAGUCAAUACGGUAGCUCUUCCAACGUACAGCCGUCAAAUCCAUAUCAGCCGCCACAGUACCCAGCGGCACCACAGCGACCACCAAUGCCCGGAGCGUACCCCAUGACUAACAGCAACGGGGCGCAGUACGUGUACGGUAAUCCGACUAUUCCCAACUCGAACAUACCCACACCUCAAAGCAACUACAGCUGGAUGCAGAGCACUCCGGGCAUUUCCACUGCCGUGAACGGUAUGAAGAACGCCACUAACAUGAUGGGCGACCAAUUUGCGGAGCUGAGCAGCAUGAUCAACGGCUCCAUACUUGGGCCUGCAUACCCAGUAUAUCCUGAAUCGGACCAAGAUGACAACGAUGUGGUGUUUGGCGGCUCGCGUCCAUUGCAGGCUGGCAUACCCGCCCCGCAAGCGCCCUAUGCUGGAUAUGAGGAUCUGUAUCGUCGUCGUGCUGAAGAGAUUGCGAACUACGAUCCUGCGAAGACUACAGAGGAGAUCAACGCACUGCUUGAGAACAUCCGACCUGACGAAGAGAUGCCGGAACAUCUGCGUGUCUCCACCCCAGAACAGAUGAGCAUCAAGCUUCACAAGUACCAAGAGCUUGGUCUCACGUGGCUGCAGAAGUGUGAAGAUGGUUCGAACAAAGGUGGCGUUCUCGCUGACGACAUGGGCUUAGGAAAGACCAUACAGAUGCUUUCCCUGCUCGUCACACGCAAGUCAGAAGAUCCACGGCGCAAGACGACAUUGAUCGUGGCUCCGUUAGCACUCAUGCGCCAGUGGCAGCAAGAGAUCGAACAGAAGAUCAAGUCCCGCUAUCGUCUCAGCGUCUACGUUCAGCACGGCCCUUCCAAGAGGAAGGACUUCCGCGAUCUGCAGCACUACGACGUUGUGCUGACCACCUACGGGAGUCUGAGCGUGGAGCUUAAGAAGUUGGAGAGUUACACUUUCCGCAGAAAGCGAUUCCCGGAGUCUCAAGCCAAACCAACCAACAGCGAAAAGUGUGCCCUUCUCGGCGACGAGGCUCGAUGGUAUCGUGUCAUUCUGGACGAAGCGCAGUGCAUCAAGAACAUCAACACGCAGACUGCGAAGGCGGCCUGCCACCUCAACGCCACAUAUCGCUUCUGCAUGACCGGCACUCCGAUGAUGAACGGUGUCGAAGAAUUCUUCUCGUUGGUGAAGUUCCUGCGUAUCAGACCGUACAACGAAUGGACCAAGUUCCGUGUCGACAUCUCCGGCCCAUUGAAGCAGACGCGUGAUUGGGGCAAGGACAGCGCCAUGCAAAAGCUUCAAGGCCUGUUGAGAGCGGUCAUGCUUCGACGCACGAAGCAGAGCGAAUUUGAGGGUCAACCUAUCUUGAUUCUGCCGGAACGGACCACUGAGGUCAACAAUCCGGUGUUUGAUGAUGCCGAGAAAGAGUUCUACGAUGCGCUUGAGUCACGGACCCAGCUCCAGUUCAACAGAUAUCUCCAGGCCGGUACUGUCGGCAAGAGCUACUCCGCCAUUCUCGUCCUUCUCUUGCGACUACGCCAGGCAUGUUGCCAUCCGCAUCUCAUCAAGGACUUUGGCGUUGCAGCAGCCGCGGGCAUGGCGCCCGAAGAGCUUGUGGACUUGGCGAGGGAGCUCAGUGACGCCGUCGUCGCCCGUAUCAAGGAGACUGAAGGUAACUUCGAAUGUCCCGUAUGCUACGACGCCGUCACCAACCCGGCCAUCUUCUUGCCUUGCGGCCACGACACUUGCCGUGAGUGCUUCGCCAAGAUCGCAGAUCCAGCGAAUGCCAUUAGAGAUGGUAACGAGAAUGCGACCACUGCGAAGUGCCCGACAUGCCGUGGGGCCGUGGACCCGAAGCGCAUCACGGACUUUGACUCCUUCAAGAAAGUGCACAUGCCCGACCUUCUCACUGCAGAGGAGAGAGCCGAGCUCGAGCAGUUCCAAGCAGACAUGGAAGCCGCAGCGGAUUCAGAUACGGACUCUGAUGAUUCCGAGACAGACACUGGCAACGACGUCGAUUCGAAAGGCAACCUCAGAGGCUUCAUUGUUAACGACGAUGCGAAAGAUGACGAAGCUUCUGAAGACGAUGGGGAGGAGGGUGCGGAGGCAGGUCCGUCUAAAGCACCAGCGAAACCGAAGACGAAGAAGCCCAAGGCUUCCAAGAAGGCGAAGGGCAAGAAGAAGGAGAAGGUCAAGAAGUCGAACAAGCCCGCCACGCUGGCCGAGCUGAAGAAACUGGCGAGCCGCAACGCCAAAGCGAAGAGGGCCUACAUGCGCCGUCUCCGCGAUAGCUGGAUCUCAUCCGCCAAGAUCACCAAGACGCUGGAAAUCCUGGACGAGAUCAUGAAUGAUCCGGAAGGCGAGAAGGUCCUCAUCUUCAGCCAGUGGACUUCUUUGCUCGACCUGCUGGAGGUGCCGGUCGAUGAGCGCGGCUGGGGCUACCGCCGCUACGAUGGGAGCAUGAACGCGUCAAUGCGCAACGACGCUGUCGACGACUUCCGCGACUCACGCAAGAACGUGCGCAUUAUGCUGGUCUCACUCAAAGCCGGCAACGCAGGUCUCAACCUCAACAUGGCGUCGCAAGUCAUCAUUCUCGAUCCCUUCUGGAACCCGUACAUUGAGGAGCAGGCUAUCGACCGCGCGCAUCGUCUGGGACAGACACGUCCGGUGAAGGUGCAUCGCAUGCUCAUUGAGGCGACGGUGGAGGACCGCAUCAUCGCGCUGCAGGACAAGAAGAGGGAGUUGAUCAGCAAGGCGCUUGAUGAGAAGGACGGGCAGAAUCUCGCUCGUCUGGGUGUGCAGGAGUUGGCGUAUCUUUUCGGCGUCACGCGCAACGCUUCGCAGAGGGUGCAGUAUGUGCCGCGCAACGAUCGCUAG